AUGUAUGUAGACCAUUUUGGGAAUAGUAACAUACAGGAAUGGUUGGAUGAACACAAAGACGAGUUUGUUGGUAACGUUGAGGAAGAAGUACUUGAUGGUGCAGGACUGGUUAAGGAAGUUGCACCAGGGCAUCGGGAUGAGGGUGACACAAACGAUGAGGAAGAGAAUGGCGACGAUGAUGACGACGAGGAUGAGGAUGUCGAUGGCGAUGAGGAUGACCAUCAAAAGCCUCAUUUUUUUAUAAAGGGGAAUGAGAUUCAGGUAGAGAUGGGUUCGAAAGCAGGUGCAGGUGAGUUUUUCGAAGAAGACAUGGGUGACAAUGAAGAUGCAUUGGCAUGUCAUUUCUUGUGGGGGGUGAAGUUUGAGGCAAGGAAAAUGGACGAGGCGUUUACUGUGGAUGUUGAAAAAAAGGAAUGCAGUUGCAGGCUAUGGCAACUUAAUGGAUAUGGCUGCGUACACUCAGUUGCCACCUUAGCCUACUUAAAUUUGACACCUGAUGGUCCAUAUGUAGAUCCAAUGUACUUGGCUGCAUUAUACCAUAAUACUUACAAACAGCCAAUCCAUGGGAUGAAUGGAAAAAAUAUGUGGCCUUCUACUGACUUGAUACCCCCUUUGCCUCCACUGAAAAGAAGUAUGCCAGGCAGGCCAACCAUAAAGAGAAGAAGAGAUGCUUCUGAACGGAUGGGAAAACAUACCGUCUCCAAGGCAGGGAAGAAAGUUUCUUGUAGCAUAUGCAAGGAGAAAGGACACAACAAGGCUACUUGUAGUAAAGGUGUAGGGACAUCCAAACAAAAUGGAACAAAGAAACAAAAAACUAUACCUACGCAAGAGUCUGUAAACGUUGACACAGGAGUAGGGGAUGAUGAGGUAAUCGUAGAUGCUACUGAUGCUUUGGAUAGGCCUGGAGAUGAAGAGCGAAUGGUGGGAGUCAAUGGACGGGAUGAAGGGGUGAAUGUCAAUGCUCGAGUUAAGCAUGUUAAACCGCCUAAAAUGCGAAAGAAGUCAGAACGAAUCAUUAAACUGAAGCUUGCAAAAAAUGUGGGAGGUGAAGGUAGCAGUGUUGCAACGGCCAUGGAGUUGGAUUAA